AUGCGCGCCACCGCGCGCCUUGCGACCGUUAAACAAAGCCGUUUGGCCGGUUUUGUUCGUGCACUCGUGUGCCCGUAUUUUCCCUCCCUCCGCGGUCCUCCCACUCCUCACACGCAAGUCCUCCGUAUCUUAAUAUACGUAACACAUAAAAUACAGAAUUAUCACAAUGAGCUCAGGAGGGACUCGUGUAUAUGUGGGCGGUCUAGUUGA